AUGCUGAAGAUUUACUAUUUUUCCAGAGAUUCUAUGCAUAAAACUUUCGUGACAUGUUUAUUUCUCACCCUGUUGUGCACGUUCUACGUCGCUGUUCUGUACAAUCCUAGGGGUGGGUUUCUUUUUUCGAGUUAUAGUCAAUUUUCCUGGCUUAAAAGGCGAGAGGGGUGGAUUGGUAAGAGUAAAGCGUUGCGUACGCGUCGCGGUUUUUGAAGGAGAACUCGAGGUGCCGCCAUUUUUUCAAUUUUUUUUGACAAUUUUUGAAAAACUUCCUAUUUUCAUUGUUUUGGAUAGCCUUUUUGGUUUCGGCGCGAAAAAGGUUUCUGAGAAGGGGCUGGAAUUUUUUUCAAGUGUUGGUUGAUGAAAAAUGGUUCUCUCAUUUCAGAAUUGAAAGAAAAACGCAGAAUAUGAUAAUUUACUAUUGAAAUAUAGUCUGCGUAAUACUACUUGGGAUUUCACCAAACGACACUCCGCUGUCCCCCUGCCAAUCUACCCAUCAAUCGGGAAAAAUCGUCAAUAUUUUCAUUUAUUUAAGGUUCAGCUUCAAUAGAAGAGGAAAGCUUUGAAAUUCCCACGUCAAAUAUUUCAAGAGCGAGUCGAAAUUUGAACGGUUGCAAAAUCGAGAAAGGGAACGAUGUUUUCACGGAUCGCAUUCCACAUGCAAGAGAGCACGAGGCAUGGCUGGCCCGAGGUGUUUCCAAGGAGGUUUGGGCUUUUUUUUCGAAAUUUUCUUUUCCAGUGCGUUUUCUAACAAGGCAGGUCGUUUCAUUUUUUGGUUGGGAUUUUCUAAAAAUUUGUCUAGAACUCUCCUUGAUGUAUCAGAUGAAGAUCCUGAAAGUCCAGUUUUCAAAAAAAGGCACCUCGACCUUAAAAAAAACCCUCGAAAUCCGGGAAAACUAGCCGUUUUGGAAUUUGAGCUCGUUUUUCUUGAGAACUAUAAAGUUUUACAGGUUGAAAUUUUCAGAAUAUUCUUUUGGUAUAUCAAGGAGUUUUCUGGUCAAUUUUCAGAAAAUUAUCAACCGCAAAGCUUCCUUGUAGAGCCUAUUUCUGAUUUUUCGAAAAAAAAAAAAUCGCUUUCCAGGGAAACCUCGCAGCAAAUCUCUCACUUCUCGGAGCCUACGUCUACAAGGAUUACAUUGCCGUCACAAUUACUUCGCAGAAUCUUUACAGGUUGGAAAUAAUCGUAAAAAAUAUUUCCAACCAAACAAUCGUGAUAAAAUGUCAACGUUAUGAAGAACACGUCGAGAGGAACGAAAAAAUGAUGAUUUUUUAGCCGAAAAGUGUUCUGCCGUUAUUAUGACUGCACUCGGAGUGAAAUCGGGCCAGCAUUCCUGUCCAAAGUAUUCCCGGAAUCGACGAUUUAUUGCGGAAGACGGCCUGGGGCCAAGUUCAUCUCCUUAACUCAUGAGUUGGACGAGGAACCUUUGACGCCGAUUCCAAUCAUGGACAGGACUUUUGACGGUUUCUUAUUUUAGUUUAAUUUUGAAAAAUAGUCAAUUAUUCCUGACUUGAAAAAUGGUGGACGCAAUGUGAAUAGCUUCGCGCGGUGCUAACAAAAUGCGCCCGACCAUAAAACGACUUUCGCGCGGCGUUCUUUGCCAACUUUCAACUCCUCAUUUUAACCGCAAGAAGUUGAACCAUUCUCCUUGAAGAAUAGAGACUUUUCGAUUUUCAAGCAGGCAUUCAAAAGAAAAUUUUACUGGAAAAAAUUCUAAAUUUGAUUUAUUAGUUCAUACGAUUUCACUUUUUUUAUGUGUAAAAAUAAUUUAGUUGGGCCGAUUGUAGUUUGAAAAUUCAUUUUUUUAUCUUCGAAAUUUGUAAAUUCCACGCGUUUCGAAUCGGCAGAGAUCUUUCUUUUUCCGAGAUUUAAUCUCGAUUCAAGUUUUUAGACGAUUUCAAUUUGAAAAAAAGAUUUCAAACUUUGCAAAAAAAGGAAAAAAAAUUACAAUGUAAAAAAAUUGAGCGCUUAUUGAAAACAUUUCAAAAGCUAAAAAAAUUUUUCUUUUUUUUUCAGAACCUCCCCACUUUUUCUCGGUAUGCCUGGCGCCCUUAUACGGAGACGAGCCGAAAUGGCUCCAAUUGGUCGAAUUUAUCGAACACUACAAGCUUCAGGUAUUCACCUUUCAAAGCUGCGGUCGCAUUUGGAAUGGCUCUAGUAAUUGAUUAAAAUUAUUUGAUGCCUUCGCGCGCAACUCGUUUUUGGUCGGAUGCGCGGGCCGUCCCAAGAGCGACCAAAGCCUUUUGUUAUAGCUAGUCCGUUUAAAAACUUAUUUCGUAAUUUCAGGGUGCGACUCAAUUCUACAUUUAUCUGAUCGAUGUUGAUCCGUACACAAGGCUGCUCAUUGAUGACUAUGUGAGGUUGAAAGUUGUUUUUAUAUAAUCUAGCAUAAAGCAAGGAUUUAGAACAGGCGAGAUCGAACUCGUGAUAAUGCACGAUCGAUAUGAGAGGCCUCAAUGGCUUUUUCACAUGGUUGAAAUUUUCGUGAGUUUUUUUUUCCGCUUUUAGAGUCUGUGUGCCACGAGUUGAAAUUUCACGGAACGACAUUCCGCUGUUCCGCUGCGUGCGUACGCGAAGCGUCUUUCGAAUCUAGGUCACGCUUUCAAUUGAUUGUUAUUGCUCUGGGAGCUCAUGAAAGUAGAGUACCUUAAUGAAAGAAAAAAAAAAAUUAAAAGCGCAACCAAGGUUCGCGAACGCACGCAGCGGAAUAGCGGAAUGUCGUUCCGUGAAAUUCCAAGUCGUGGUACACAGGCUAUAGUUAAUUUUACUAGUUGAAAAAUGGUUUCUGUUGAUUUUUAGGAGUAAAAAAAAACCAAAAACGUCAGUUUUAUUGUAAAAAAGUCCAAAUUUUACUUGGAAAAACUUUUCGUUUUUUGGCCGUUUUUGUUGAGGCCUCGGGCCGACUAGGGCUCAAAAAUGGCCAGAGGAUGACGGGUCAGCCCUCGCACAAGUCUGCCCUUCUUUCGUUAUUUUAAAAAAUUUCAGCUCCCUGAAGUUCUUUUGAAGCUUUUUUCUUUCAAAGGUAUAUUCUAGGACUGUCUCCAACGGAGCAAACAUCACUCAAAAUGGACGGCAUUUGUGGAUAUUGACGAAAGAAUGAACGUGACUGGAUAUUCUGGGACCAUCGCUGAUUAUUUGAGGUUAUCACCAUUUGUUAAAUCUAAGUUUCGAGAUUUUUCUAGGGGCAUAAAGGAUCCGAAAGUCGCAAGUUUGGAAUGGCGAAGCCAAUGGGUUCUGAAAACUGGCGAUUCUCCGGCCAAAUAUAUCAAUGAGAAACAGGUUGGUUUUUGUAAGAAAUUUUCAUUUUCCCGAAGUUUCGACCUUAAGUUUAUGACAUUGAAUUUUCAAAAAAAGCGAGGUUUAAGAUUCAAAAAUUGGAAAUCUCUAAAAAAGGGGAUGAAAUUCCUCAUUUUAAAUUUUCAAAAAUUCCUAUCCACUUCUAGAAAAAAGACAGCUAUCAAACAUUCGUACCAUAGAGGGGGGAUGUACCGUUUAUUGAUUACGUAACAUUUAUUGAUUAGUUUUUUGAAUAACUUUUUCAGCUUCGGGAUGAACUAACAUUCGUAAAAUAUACAAAUACAACGGCUGUCGGACCAGUUGGCCACACUCAAAAAUGCAUUAUAAGAUCAGAAAUGGUCAGUUUUUCAGUCCAAAGACUCUUCCAAAAACAAUUUUGAAGGUUGGAGCGAUGUCGAUCCAUUGGCCACACCUUUAUGCUGGGGGCCGUGGCAUGGGAAUGCCGGCAAACCAUGGCGUUACGAGGUAGAUUUUCAAGUUCCUACACAAAAUUCUAGCUUAUCUGCGCUCUUUUUUCCCUCAAUCAUAGAAAAGGUUACUAGAAAACUUCUCGGACCCACCAACUAGGCGCUUUUUUUUAAAAUCGUGUCAGGACCUUUUUUUCGAUGGCUCAAGCCAGCCGUGGAUCAGCUAUACUAAAUUUUAAUCGAGUUUGUGGAGGGCCAGCCCCAGGCUCGACCCAAUCUGGCCCGGCCUUAUUUUCAAUUUUAAAUUAUUCAGUCUUCAGAAUAAGAUGAAUACCUGGCCCUAGCGAGGCCCCAAAUAAAAAAGCCCAGAGAACGAAAAUUUCCUAAGACAUAUAAAUCAGCCUUUUUCAAGAUAAAAUUCUGGUUUUUGUUCUUUUUUCACCUAAAAUUCAACAGAACUUCUGGUGAAAAUUUUGACUUUUAGAUAAAAAAUUUUUUGACGGAAUUCCAAAAUUUUGUUUGAAACCGAGCUUGGCCCAAGCCCGCGCAGGCUUCUUCGCAAAAACUUAGCCCGGGCAUGCCCAGACCUCCCAGCCUCAUGCACAAGCCUUCAUUAAAUAUAUCGUUAUUUUUUCAAGUUACCUUCGUUUGGCUAUCUUUUUUCCCUUAAUAAGAAAUGAUACAGCGACAAUCAAGAACUGAAAAAACCUUACAGACACUACCGCAACGUCAAAUUCCGCGUGUUCGGCAAAAAUUGGGUGGAUGGCGUUCUUGGCUUCGGCAAGUUGACGACGACGCAUUUGGACCCGACGUAUGCUGAAAAAUUGUCGAAAGCCGUCGUUUCUCGUGUCAAAACAGUCUACGAUAUAAUUCCCCUCGAUUGCAAGAAAGUCUUGUCUUGGAUCUGGCAGUCGCAUGGCACUACCGACCCUUGCAAGAAGAUGAACUGA